AUGGCUUCGCCAUCUACCAAACCGACCUCGAUGGCACAGUCCCCGACCCCAUCCGCCUCGGCGGGUACGGCUUCUGCCAUCCUUGAAAAGUCAAACCCCGGCAUGCGCCGCUCUACUCCCGACUCAGAAGCGUUGGCUUCCUCAGACGAUGAUGGAGACCACGGUGCGCAAGCCCAGAACAUCAUUCCACCCUCUACCAAACCACCAGUCCGCCGCACUUCGUGGUUGAAUGAAGUACCCCUAUCAGCCCAGCGCAAACAUUCCCUGCCUGGAGGUCACUUGUCAUCCGCUCCGUCCAACCCUACAAGUCCAUCUAGUGAUCAGGCACCUUGGGCAACAACCACAAGUCCGGGCCUGACCGGAUCUUUUAAUUGGAACCAAACAGGAGGCAGCACAUUUCCUUGGGGCACUGGUGCAGGUAUCUGGAACACCGAAUCGCGCAAGGAACCGCCUUCCCGCCUGUCAGAACUAGUGCCUUCUCCAACAAUGACCAACCCACCUCCCGCAAGUGGCAUGCAAGACGAAAUGCUGAGCCCGAUCACCCGUACUGUCUCCGGUGAAUCAUCCAUCCCAUUCUCUAUUCCCUUACAUCCAACUCCCAAAACCUAUCGUUCCCAGUCAUAUUCCGUGGGUCAGAUGGAUCCCGAACUCCUUGGCCUUGUUGCUAGCAACUCCGGCGCUGUUCAGGGCGCUGUUCAGGGCGCCGGCGCCCAAUACCCAGGUGGUCGCACCCGCGGUCCAGGCCAGAUAUCCGCAGUUCAGCCUCGAGCAUCUCGUCCUAGUUUGCUAGGCGAGUUAGGACACGAUCCCGCCAUGCUUGGGCGAGUGCGCGAGGACGAUGACGGCGACGACAGUCUCAACAGCUCCGAAAGUGAUCUCAACUAUUCUGCGAGUCAAGCACGCCAGAUUGAGCAAUUGGCACGUGAGAAUGCACUCCUACGACAAGCCGCCGCAGCAGGCCAGAUGGAUACCAGAUACCGUGAGCGAGCUGGGUCGGCUGCCUCGAUCGGCGGAGGUGUCCACCCACUGCAUCGUAUUCGAGGCGGUGUUCCGGAGGAAGACUUGCCUGUUGAAGAUUUGGGGGAGCUACGUGGUAUUUCUGGAUACAGCAAUAUGCGCGGAAGUUCGCGACGCCGCUUCUCGGAGCAUUCAGCGAACCCAGAGCCAUUCUCGUCAUUCGCUACCCCACUCGAGAAUCGUGCGCUGGAGAAUGUGCGCAAGGCUCAUUGGCAGACUUCUCUCGGUUUUGGGGGCAUGCCUGACAUUCCCCAAAGCCGCCGCCAUUCUUUUGCCGAUAUUCCCAUGCGACAUGGGUCGAUUGGCUCAGUGGACUCCCACACAACUGCUACCCCACGCGCUGGUAUGGGAGACCGUGAUGACGGUUAUGGCAACCUCAAUGAUUACUCCAACCAGUCUUACUACUCUCGUGAACAGACCUUGCGUGGAGAUGGCUCCUCGGGCAUUCCAUCUUCCCUCAGCCAGUAUGCUAUGUCAGGAGGCUAUGGCCGUCCGCCAUCCACCCUGUCACAUGCCCAUCAAACCCAGCUUUUGCACAUUGUCGCCUUCAAAUGCAGCCGCGUAGACGUAUUUUACGUCCAAGAGGAUACCGGCCUUCAAGCGAAGGAGGGUGAAAUGGUUAUCGUGGAAGCUGAUCGUGGCACUGAUCUGGGCACUGUCAUUCAUUCCAACAUCUCGCUUCAACAGGCGCGUGAACUGAAGCAGCACUAUGCUGAAGAUCAUUACAAGACGCUUAUGAUGUACUCGCGACAUGGCCAACUUGAAGGGUCCGGCAUCACUAACCCCAACGCGGGCUUGAACAAUAGAAGCGCCACGGGUGGCAUGGGUCCUCACGGCCCGCACGGUGUGCAGGAACCCACCAGUGAGAUCAAACCCAAGCUCAUUAAGCGCCUGGCACAGCCGCAUGAGAUCAUGGCAUUGCACGACAAAGAAGGAAACGAAGCGAAAGCAAAGCGCGUCUGCCAGCAGAAGGUGGUUGAACACCGACUUAAUAUGGAGAUCCUUGAUGCUGAGUUUCAAGUGGACUGGAAGAAGCUCACGUUCUAUUAUUUUGCGGAUUCGUACAUCAACUUCAAUUCGCUGGUGACCGACUUGUUCAAGAUCUACAAGACUCGCAUCUGGAUGUCUGCUAUCAACCCGGCCUCAUUCGUCACACCCCCGACCCCCGGCCUGCCUGGUUCUGGCGCAAUCCCCAACCCUCUCUAUGGCCAGGAUACGGACCGCCGUCAACAACAUGAUACCAGACCCUAUGGUGGGCCCCGUGAUGCUGUCGAUGGCGGCCGCGAUAUGUCGAACCCCGUGGGCAUGCACCGCACAGUCUACGGUGACACCUAUCAAGCCUUCGCCCAGCCACCCCGUCAACCAGAAGGAUCCCACCCUGACAUCUUUGGCGCACAAGCCGCGUCUAGCUUUGGCAGCGCAGAUACCUUCGAUUACCCCGGCAGCAUUGGAUCCAACGGUGCUUCUCGCAUGCAUCAAGCGCAGAGCGAAUGGCUCACCCGGUUCCCGGGUUUGUCGCUCAAUUCCUAA